GGAUGUUUUGAUAACCCAAUAGUUGUAUUUGGCUUUUUCCUCUGUAAUAUUCUCUAUUGUAUGGUCGAAUGAUUCUCUCUCAUCCGAUAAUGUAGGCAUAGUUGGUCGAACCACGUUAAAACCCCAAACACCUUUGUAUUGAUUAUUUUAUCUUUGUGUUGAUUAUUUUAUCUUUGUGUUCUUAAACUAAUAUGUUUGCAUUAACUUUCCUGGCGCAACAUUUAUUUUAUUUGAAACAUUCCUUAUUUGAACCUGUUCUUAGAAAUUGGUUACAUCUACUUCUCAAUUAUGUGAUUUGAAUUGAUUGGCUAACUUUUAAUUAUGUAUUAAUUUGGUCUUUUGUUGUUCUUUAGACUUUGCAUGGGAGAAUUUGGGGAAGCAAAUGGUUGGUAUAUGCGGGGGAUUGCCACUAGCCAUUAUUACUCUUCGAGGACUUUUGCCCAAAAAAAGAAGAUUGAAAGAGUGGGAAAUGAUGUGUAGAAAUAUCAAUUUAUAUCUACGAAGUGGUAAAAGACAUGGUGAAGAAAAUGGAUUAAUAUCGGAGGUGUUAGCUUUAAGCUAUUAUGAUUUGCCAUAUCAAUUAAAACCAUGCUUUCUUUAUCUGGGUCUUUUCCCAAAGGAUACUGAAGUAUCCACCAAGAAAUUGAUACAAAUGUGGGUGGCUGAAGGAAUAGUUACAUCUAUGAAUGAAGAAAAGGCAGAGGAUAUUGCAGAGCGUUACUUGGGUGAACUGAUUGAUAGGUGUAUGGUUGAAGUAGGGGCAAGGAGCCUAACUGGAAGAGUCAAAACUUGUCGACUCCAUGAUCUCAUGCGAGAUUUAUGCUUGUUAAAGGCGAAAGAGCAAUCCUUCCUUCAAGGUAUUCAUCUUGGGCAUGAGAAGGAGCCAAUAACAGUUUUUUCUUCUUCCAUGGUACCUGUAAUGCCAACGGGUAAACUUCGCAGAUUAUCCAUAUUUUUAGGUGAACAUGUUGAUGGAUUUGUCCCACCUAAAAAUGAAAAUUUUUCGCGCCUUCGAUCACUUUUAUUUUUCAAUGCAAAAGAUUGUAGGAUAAGAGAUUGGCAGUGGGCGAAACCCGUGCUUGAGGAAUUCAAAUUACUUAGAGUUUUACAUCUUGAAGGAUUUAAAACUGAAGGAGAGUUGCCUAAGACAAUAGGGAGUCUCAUCCACUUAAGAUACUUGAGUUUAAAGAAUAGUAGCAUACGAUCCUUACCAUCAUCCAUAGGGAAUUUGGGAUGUUUGCGUACCCUUGAUUUAUCAUUUGCUUUAGAAGGAUAUGUGCCAAAAAUCCCAAAUGUGAUGUUGAAGAUGCUACAGUUGAGACAUCUAUAUCUUCCUUCAAAAUUUACAGUAACCGGUGCUACCAAGUUGCGAUUAUCUGAUUUGUGUCACCUAGAGACUUUGAGCUUGCUUGAUGCAAGAAAAUCUAAUGUAAAAGAGCUUGUCAAAUUAACUAGUCUCCGCAAAUUAGAGAUUGUUUCAUUAGAAAGCUUUGAAGAGUUGGAGGUGAUUUUCAAUUCUCCAAGUCCCAUCUUGAACAGCCUUCGGUCCUUGUCUGUGGAGAUCUUGGAUGAUAGAGUUGAAGAAGGAAAUUUGACACAAUUUCUGCAGGCUUGUCACAAUGACUUUUAUAGAUUGUCUAUAGAUGGUGCACUAAGCAAGUUACCAGAUCCCAGCAAAUUCAAGCCAAACCUAUCCAAGUUAAGAUUGUCCAAAUCUAAACUUUUGAAUGAUCCAAUGACAACAUUGGGGAAGCUACCUCACCUAAAAGUUCUUGAACUAGGGGAUGCAUAUGAUGGAAAGAAAAUGGUUUGCAGCUGUGAAGACUUUCCUCAACUUAAUUCUCUUUUUAUUUCUGACUUUCCCAAGUUAGAGGAGUGGACGAUAAAUGCAGGAUCCUUGCCCAAUCUCUUCAAUUUAAAGAUUAGACAGUGUGAACAAAUGGAAAGAAUUCCAAAUGGAUUGAAUUUGAUCGCCACCCUCCAAAAACUGGAGAUUAUAUGGAUGCCAGAGGCAUUUGUGAACAUGAUUAAAGUUGAAGUCCAACAUGUGCAUUCCAUCUCUCUCUCUAUUGUUGAAUGAGACUUUUGGGAUCGAUUGUUCAUUUGAUAGCUAAUGAACUGCAAUAAGGAUAGGAGCAAUAUUGGAAGGUAGGGGUGUUUACUGUGCUUGGGCUCUUGUGGGGUUAUUUUUUUCCAGUUGGGGUUUUAGGCCAGAAUGCCCAUAAGCUGAGCCAUCAGAUAUAUCUCUUUCUUCUAAUGCAAAAACUAAGGUUAGAAAUUUCCACAACCAAUGAACAUACUCUUCAGAGAGAAGCAAUUAUUUAGAGUGACUACUAUGGAAAGGUGAUUGCUCCUAUUUAUGUGAUCAAACACGGUUUUUUUUUUAGGAGAAAUAAUCAUUUGGCUGUACAUGACAUUGAACUUCUAGUAUUGGGAUUUAAGAAAAUCUGAAACUGUGCUAGUUUCAACUUUUAA